AUGGCCGUCCAGCAUAAACAAGACCCAAUUGUCUUGGUCAUAGAUUUCCACCAUGCACGCGGCCCCGAGAUUGAGCAUUGCAUUGCCGACGAAGGAACCGACCCAGCAACCGAGAAUGACUGGUCUCUGCUCCCAUUCAUGGCCCUAUCUGACGGCGCACAUCUAUCGACCGAGGAAUUCUCAUACUUCACACUUUGCCGAAAGGAAACAUCCACUACACCCGCAACCUCCCUCUUCGGUAUCGCCUGCUCCCGCCAGGUCGAUUCGAGUUUGCUUAUCAACCGCUCGUCCGAUGUGACUCGAUCAACGGUACAGAAGGCCGUUGUGGUCGUGACAGAUACUCCGCAGCGAGUGGGUCAAUUGCGCGAGAAGCUCUCCGUGGUGACUUCGGCUUGGUUCGCGCAACGUGACUUCUCGGACAUUGAUAUCUUGAAGAAAUUCCGCGAGGGCUUGGUGAUUGCUUUAUUGAAUGAUGGCCCAAAAGAUCAGAACUUGGGUAAGGAUAUCAUCCAUUCGGAUAUGUGUAGAACUUUGCUAAUUUACGAAGGCCUUUCGCUCCGGGAGAUGAUUCACGAAUUCAAAUUUCAGACUUUGGUCCUUUUCAAGGCACUACUGUUGCAGCCCAAGAUGCUUUUCUUCGGGACACGCUGUGAGCGCUUGUGCAUGAUUCAGUUCUCACUUAUAUCUUUAAUACCCGGCCUCCUCAACUAUUUGCAGGACUGCGCGGAUCCUGCUUUUGACACCUAUUCUCAAACUGUUGAGAAACCAACGUCUCUCAAGACGAGUGAUAGAAGCUCUUUGUUGGCAUACAUGGGGCUUCCACUACAGAUUUUCGGAAAGGGAAGCAUGUUUGGCCCCUAUACACCUCUCCAGCUGCUGGAUCUGCUGGCGGAUGAUGGCACAAAAUCAUAUGUGGUUGGCUCAACAAACUCGCUACUUCUCCAGCAAAAGGACCGCUACAGUGAUAUUCUAAUUAACCUCGACGAAGACAGCAUCGUCAUAAAUUCUCCUUCUCUCCGCAGUGCCCUGGUCCUUUCCGCGGCCGAUCGGCGCUGGAUUGAUCUGCUCACACAAAUUGUCAAUGACACCUGGGACGAGGAACAUCCUUCACAACCCAAGACCCUUGGAUUUAUGGGCUCGGAAGAAUUCAUUCGACUACAGUUCGAAGAAUACUUGCUGGCGUUAUUAUCGUCCAUGAAAUACCACGAGGAGCUCUAUCCCAGCGAUACCGGAGAACCGGGGAAUCUCAGCAGAACCCAGCUGCAAAACUUGAACAUUGAAGGGGAUCCUGCCAUCGACUUCAAUACGGAAUUCCUAGCCCAGUGGAAAACCACAUCCAACUAUGCCCUGUUUUCGCGCCUCACUUCGGAUGCGCUUCUAUUUUCCAUCACUGAGCCACGACACCCAAACGCCGGCGGUCUGACGAUGGAAGAUGUCCAAAGACGACUCACCCAACAGGUAGCAGACCUCCACCUCGAUGAACGUGUCCGUGAAGGCCGCGAGGCCCUGAACCGUCACAUCUCAACCGGACAAAAGAAAGUGAGCGCGGCAUUCACCAGCUUCUGGUCAGAUAUCGAGACAAUGCGCGAAGCGCAACGCAAACGCAAUGAAGAGAGAACAGCCUCCCAAUCCCAAUCCCAACGCGCCUCCAUUGACAAAGAAACCCCAAUAUCACCAACCCCCUCUUCACAGGACCCCGCCGAUGCCUCCUGGCUCGCAGGCCGGCAAAGGCCAUCCGUCGACCUGACACAGGCCCAGGCCUCCGUGACCGUAGCCAGCCAAAAAGCCGGCUCCUAUCUCAGCUCGUGGGGUUCAUGGGCAAGCGAAAAGCGCCGCGAAUGGCAAGACAAGCGCGUGACGUCCCCGACCCCGAAUGCCACUGCCACUGCCAAUGCCGGGAUGACUUCACCAUCCACCCCGGUCUUGUCCGUUGUUACUGAAACAGCCGAGGCGGACCGCGGCCGUCGCCGUUCCAUCCAACAUGACAGCGAAGGUAACGAUAGCUCCGAGGGUGGUCUUACUCGCAGCGUCAGCCGAAGAAAGAGAUGGAGCAAUAUCCUGCUCAGACGCGACAGCGGCGAGAUCCAGCGUUACGAUGAUGUCUCCACGUCCGAUCCUGCCGAAACCCCCUUCCCCAAGUCUCCUCUGUCGCAGGGAUUCCCGGCUUAUGCGGAUGAUUCGGAACACAAGCAGACGCAGGACCACGUUAUCCAGGAUAUAAAGACUACUGGCUAUGAUACCGUUGAUGCAGAUGGAUUCUCGUCUGUGGCUCUCACGCCAAAUGAAGGUCUGGGGUUGAAGCUGAAGACGGAGGAGACUGUUUCCCAGAGCCAGAAGGAAAAAGAACCCACACCUUCGAGUGAUGUAGUAGUAGAUACACAGCCUGAGGAGUUAGUGACAGCACUCCCUGUCACAGAGGAGACGCAUCCGGCCCAGAGCAAAGACUCGUCUGGUACGAACUAG